AUGGAAUACAUGUGGCGAAGCGACCUGUCGAAUGCACGUCGUGCUGCUGCCCAGGAAGGGAAUGAUGAGCCUCAGUCUUCAGACCCAGGUGCACCCGCUCUGAGCGCCACGCUCGAAGGUCCGGCCAACAUGUCUCUCGGCAAGAAGAUCAAUAUCGUAGCGCACAUUACGCUCGAAGGCAACAAGCCCGUCACUUUCCAUACACACCGCAUCAAAAACACCUUUCGCAUGUUUCGCCGUCGCGUCCAGGGGAAGAGUCCCGGGGACAGGGAACGAAGUGAUGCGACAUGGGUUCCUGGUGACGAUGACGAAACGCCGAGGUACUUCAUCGCGGAUGACGCUGACGGUACCGACCUCUCGGCGGGCCCGGCGUCCGAAGACCACCUCCACGUGCGCUUCACCGGCGUGGAGCUGGGCUGGUGGGACUGGGGCGACGCCGAUGCGCACGAUCAGACGGAGGCAUGGUUGCCGUGCUUUAUCAGCGGCGAUGUUAUUGAUCCGCGGGACAAUAAUGGGAGACCAAAGGCGCGAGUCGGUGGUUUGCGGGAUGUUGAGUUUGUGAUUGAGGAUUAA